UAACGGAAUGUCAUCAAACGUUAGGCUUCCUGCUCGCUGCCCCAAAGUUUCGUAGAAGAGCCAUGACGGUGAAUUCGUAAUGAUAAAGACGCAGGAAGUUUUUCCUUAGGCAUAGCCGGUUAAUUAAACCAAAAUGCCAUAUAAGUGCUCUUGGUGUCUGAUCGCGGUCAUUUAUGUUACUUUUCCUGCAAACUGCGAAUUUCCGACCUUAGCGCACCUCAGACCGCAAGCCAGCGAUGAGACCCAGACGAAAGCGGUGACCGACCUGGUCAAGCGGCUACUCGGGAGCAGGGGUUCGGAGUUCAUCUUGCUAGUCAACAGGUCGCUGGCCAAGGAUGAUCUGGACGUAUGCGAACUGCGGUCUGCAGAAGGCGGCAAGAUCGCGGCCACGGGCAGCUCGGGGGUGGCCGUCGCUGCGGGCGUCUAUAGCUACCUGAAGUACUUCUGCAACUGUCAUGUGUCAUGGUCCGGCAGUCAGCUGAGCCUCCCGAGUCCGCUGCCCUCAGUGUCCGGGGUGCUCAGACUCAGCACUCCCCACAAGUUCAGGUAUUACCAGAAUGUCUGCACCCAGAGUUACUCCUCUGUGUGGUGGGACUGGCGCCGAUGGGAGCAGGAGAUCGACUGGAUGGCACUCAAUGGCGUCAACCUGCCCCUGGCCUUUACCGGGCAGGAAGCUUUGUGGCAAGAGGUGUACCUUGGGCUUGGCCUUAACCAGACAGACAUUGACAGCUUCUUCACCGGCCCUGCGUUCCUGGCCUGGAACCGCAUGGGUAACCUCGUUCGGUGGGGUGGCCCGCUCUCCUCUUCUUGGCACAUCAAGCAGCUCUACCUCCAAUAUCGAAUCCUACAGCGAAUGAGAGCACUAGGAAUGAUGCCGGUUUUGCCUGCAUUCUCAGGGAUUGUGCCAGAAGCUAUUACUAGACUGUUUCCUCAGGCAAAUGUGACCAAGUUAGGUCCUUGGAGCAACUUCAACUGUAGUUAUUCCUGCGCCUACGUCCUGGAGCCCAGUGACCCCCUUUUUGAGCGCAUCGGUUCUUUGUUCUUGUCCAAAUUGCUGGCAGAGUUCGGGACAGACCACAUAUACAACACGGACACCUUUAAUGAGAUGACUCCUGGGUCCUCAGACCCCGUCUACCUGUCUGCAAUGAGUCGUUCUGUAUUUGCCUCUAUGACCUCAGUUGAUUCCCAAGCCAUUUGGCUAAUGCAAGGUUGGCUCUUUGUUAACAACCCUACAUUUUGGAAGCAGGAGCAGAUUAAGGCACUUCUGCAUGGUGUUCCCAUUGGCAGGAUGAUAGUCCUGGACUUGUUUGCUGAAUCCAUGCCGGUCUUCUCAUCAACCAGCUCCUUUUAUGGCCAGCCAUUUAUAUGGUGCAUGCUGCACAACUUUGGGGGCAAUAGUGGCCUCUUCGGUACAGUGGAGAACAUCAACAUGGGCCCUUUUGAGGCUCUCCGCUACCCCAACUCCACUCUGGUUGGACUGGGCAUGGCUCCAGAGGGCAUCGAGCAGAACCCAGUGGUCUAUGAGCUGAUGAGUGAGCUGGCCUGGCAUUGGGAGCCCAUCGACCUAUACAAGUGGGCCUCGCUAUAUGCAGCCCGUCGCUAUGGCGUCAGUCACGAAAACCUGACUGACUCCUGGAAGCUGCUCUUCCGCAGCGUGUACAACUGCACUGUGCUGAAGUACAAGAACCACAAUCACAGUCCACUUGUCCGCCGGCCCUCCAUGCACAUGAAUACUGAUGUGUGGUACGAUCCCAGGGAUCUCUACGAAGCUUGGAGGCUGAUGUACUCGUCUGCUCAGUCUCUGAUGUCUGUGGAGACCUUCAGGUAUGACCUAGUGGAUGUCACCAGACAGGCCCUACAGCUUCUAACCACACAAUUAUAUCUGGAGAUCAAGGAUGCCUUCCAGAAGCAGAAUCUGCCCAAGCUACUCACCGCUGGGGGACUUCUGGUGUCCGACCUCCUACCGGAGCUGGACCGACUUCUCUCCAGUGAGAGUCACUUCCUGCUUGGGUUGUGGCUGGAGCAAGCCCGCGCCCUCGCCCAGGACAAACACGAGGCAGAACAAUAUGAGGUGAAUGCUCGGAAUCAGAUCACUCUUUGGGGACCUGAGGGAAACAUUUUGGACUAUGCCAGCAAGGAGUGGGGAGGUCUGAUGGAGGACUACUACACUCAACGCUGGAGUCUUUUCGUCAACACCCUCGUUCAGUGUCUGGACAGAGGGAAGCCCUUCAACCAGGAUGCAUUCAAUCAGGCUGUCUUUCAAGUGGAGAAAAAUUUUACCACCAACCAGAAGAAGUACCCCUCUAAACCGCGAGGAGAUACCUAUGACAUCGUCACCAGGAUAUUCCUGAAAUACUACCCAAAGGCUUUGAAAAGACUCAAUUGACUGGAUUCCGUGUUGGAGUUAAGUAUCCACUGGUCUUUUUAUAUGUGGUAUCUCCAGCGGUCCAAAUUCUGUGGAAAAAAUUGUAUUCUCAAUGAACCAUUUUGUUUCAUAGUAACACUUCAUACUAAAUAUCCCCUGAAGUGUCUGGCUUCUGUUGGGAAGCUUUGUAUACAUUUAUACUGGAAAUAUGAGAGUGCAAAAGUAGAAAUGUUUACUGCCAGUCAUACUGUUGACAGUCAUGAACUGGUCUGUGAUAAGGGAUUUAAUACCUCUGCAGCUGGGCACUAAUUUUAUACUUGGUACUUUGGCACUAGAAGUAUCUUACGUGGCAAAUGUCAUGAAAUAUGUAUAUUUUAUAUUUGGUUUCUUAGCAGUUUACGUUGACAUUGACGAUGUCUGCGAUACCAUUUUUCCUUUUCUCAACACAAGGUGGCGCCCUGUGACCUCAAGUCCAUAUUCAUAUUUCUCGUUUCUGUAAAUUACUUAGUUACACAUGAUUUCACUUCUCUGCAAAUUAGCAAUAGUUUUAUAGCUGAAACGGAGUAUUUUGUGUAUGGUCACUUUGAUAUGAUAUGUGAUACUAAAUUUCAUUUAUUUUGAUUCUUGGAAAAGUAGUUGAUUUUUCUGUACAUAAAAAAAAUCUAUUUUUAAUUUAUUUUGAUUUUCUUAAGAUUCUUGGGUAAAUGACUAUUUCUGACCAGUAUUCUGUGACUGCUGAAUUUAGAAACAAUGUACAGUGUAAAUGAACAGUGUUGUACAGUUGCUGCAGAACGUGUUUAUGCUGUACGUUAAAAGUGGUCUUUUUUGAAUUCAUUUCAGUUUCUUUUUAUAUAGCACCUUUCAUAACAGUUGCCCCAAGGUGCUGUCAUGGGUGUGUUGUGAUAUGUUCCUGCAUCCUUUAUGCAAAUUCAUUUUUAAAACUUUGAAAAGGGGAAAUAAAGUACAGACGCUCCUCUACUUACGAACAUUCAGACAUACGAACGAAGAGAACUGUAAGUCCAAAUUAUGUUCACUGUGCUCCUGUUUCCUGUCCGCAACAUCAGUUUUUUUCUGGGUGUCACUUCCGCCUAGUACGACUUCUGGCCGCUACUCCCGCCGCGCAGCAGCGUAGCGUGCGUACUCAAAGCAUCCUAGUUCUUAGUACUUGCGUAUACCCUUAAAAUGAUGUUGAAUAAUGAUUUAUGAACAUUUCAAGUUACGAACGGUUGUUCAGAACGUAUCUCGUUCGUAAGUAGAAGAGCGUCUGUAAUGAAAAAAAGUUUGACGCUCGUAAAUGGAGAGGAAGGAGCAGUAAGUAUGUAUGAUUAUUGGUUGUUGCUGAAGGUUUCAUGAAUGAUUGUGACAAAAGCACCAUGGGUUAUCUGCUUUGGCGCCUGUAAAUCCAUGCCUGGGAAAGAAGUUUGGAUUGAAUUUAUUAACUGUUCUAUUUAAAUGGUGUAUAACAAUAUCAAGGUCACACAGUUUGUUCUUUCAGAAAUGAAAUAUUCUAUUGACUGUCCCCCUUGAUAUUUAGUACGCUGCUCAUAUAGAAAGCCAGCAAUGUAGCCAGAAAGCCAGCAAUUUUUUAUAUUUCAAACAUGACUGAUUUUUUUGUAGGAUCAAACUUCCUGAUGUAUUUUUGUAUUUUAAUAAAUCGUUAUUGUUAAUGACA